UAUGCAGGAACAUGUCCUAAAAUGGACACUGUAGUGUUGUCAGUUCUCCGCCAAUCACAGUGCAGCUUACUGCCAAUGGACAAGUUGCUCUCGGAGCUAACGCUACGACUGCCGGCAGUGUUACUAUGUUCUUACUGUAGCCUAAUGGCCGAGGUGGUCUUUGUAGAUUUUACGUGCCAACCAAGCUUUUGUCUCUUCAACUAGCGACUGAUAUAUUUGCAAUCAUGGAGAUCUGAAAGGACAGAAGUUUGAGUGGAGGGCUGUCCCUCCCUCUACAUCCUUCUAUAUAUUGCUGCUGGACUUAUGCCUUUAACAUAACGAGAAUAUAUUGCACAAACAUUUACUUAUAAACUCGUGGAGGUGGGUUGUAAGGGAUUUAUUUUUCUAAUAUUAUUAUUAAGUGUAUUGAAGUGCCAAAUCUAUUCAUAUAGCACAAAAACCUAUAAUGGAUAUCAUGGUAUGAGUUUUCUGUGGUAUGCGGGCUGUUUUUUGGAAUCCACAUCCACUGUAGUGACAUUUGCAAAGAAGAAUUGUCAGCUUGAAAAGAAAUGGAAAGAGUAUGGCCCGAGUGCACUACACGUUGUCGCUCUCUCCAGCAUGCUUUGGAUGUUAUUUCUGUGGUGACUAGAGCAAGUGAGCAACACAUAAAGGUCUUCCUUUCUUCUUAUUGCUGUAAUGCUGUUACACUCAAAGAUGACUUUGGGCGGAAUGCUACUCAUAUUGCGGCAUCCUGUGGGAAGAAAAAUGUACUUGAUUGGUUAAUUACAGGAAAAGGUGUUGACUUGGCUGUCAAAGACAAAGAAUCAGGAUGGACUGCAUUACACAGAAGCAUUUUCUAUGGACAUAUCGAUUGUGCGUUAUCCCUUUUAAAGCAUGGCAGUAACCUUUACAUUCAAGAUAAAGAUGGAUAUACUCCGUUGGAUCUGGUAAUGAAAGACAGACCUCCCCACAUUGUUUUCAAAACUAGUGAUCCCACUGAGCUUUAUACAUGGGGGGACAAUGUCAAUUUCACUUUGGGACAUGGUACUCAACAAAGCAAGCACCAUCCCGAGCUAGUGGAAAUGUUUCCUCGUUCUGGAGUGUAUAUCAAGCAGAUGGUACUUUGCAAAUUUCACUCAGUCUUCCUGUCUCAGAAAGGACAAGUUUACACAUGCGGACAUGGACAAGGAGGUCGCCUUGGACAUGGAGAUGAACUUACAUGCUUGGUUCCUAGGCUGGUGGAAGGUCUUCGUGGUCAUCCAUGUACUCAGGUCGCUGGAGCAAAGGAUCACACAGUAGUUCUAACGGAAGAUGGAUAUGUUUACACAUUUGGACUAAAUACAUUUCAUCAACUUGGAAUUCAGCCGCCCCCUCCAAAUUCAAAUGUUCCAAGGCAGAUUCAGGCCAAAACCAUGAAGGGAAAGACUGUGUUAGGGGUCGCUGCUGGAAGGUUUCACACAGUUCUGUGGACUAAAGAUGCUGUUUAUACAGUGGGAUUGAAUGGUGGCCAGUUAGGAUACUUGCAAGAUCCUAAUGGAGAAAAAUUUGUAAGUUGUCCUCGCCAAGUAUCCGCACUUCAUCAUAAAGAUAUAAACAUAACUCUUGUGUCAGCAAGUGAUGGCGCUACAGUUUGUGUCAGUGAAAGGGGAGAUAUUUACCUUCUGUCCGAGUAUCAGUGCAAAAAGCUUGCAUCAAAACAGCUAAACCUGAAGAAAGUUCUUGUUUCAGGGGGCAUUUUGGAACAUAAGGCAGCUCCUGAGCAUCUUAAAGAGAAUGGUGGCCAGCCUGCAAGUGUUUUUGCUUUGGAUCAAGCUGGAAGGGUUUUUUGCUGGAAAUCACCUGGCAGUUCACUGAAACAGUGCUGGUGGGUUUAUGGUCGCCAAUUAUUUAUGUCUGAUGUUGCUUUAAAUAAGAAUGAAAUCAUGUUUGUAACACAAGAUGGGGAAGGAUUUACUGGAAAGUGGAUGCUGGAAAAGAAAAAGAAAGAGAAUAUAAUUUCCAAUAUAAUGUGCCACUCUGACUCUCAGAAUGUGUAUGAAAAAAUCAGCAUGCAGAAGCUCCCUUUUGUCCAUCGGGCUGUUAGUGUUGCUACAGAUCCCAGUGGGUGUAACUUUGCUGUCUUACAAUCGGAUCCCAAAACAAGCCUUUUUGAGGUGCCUUCAGUGUCUUCAUCUGUGUUUGCUGAAGAUUUUGAGAAACUUCUGAAUGAAGCGAAUGAGACAGAUAGCAUUCAUGAUGUCACUUUCCAAGUUGGUACAAAGAUUUUUCCAGCACAUAAGUACAUACUAGCUCUUCGAUGUGACUUCUUCAGUAAACUUUUCUCUUCUGGAGAAAUCAAUUCACUUGACUUUCCAGAGGUGCACCAAAAAGGGGAGGAUGCAGCUGGAUGUGAUUUGUUUGUCAUUGAGAAAAUUCCACCUGAAUUGUUUUCGCAUGUUCUCCAAUUUAUCUAUUCGGACACUUGUGAUAUGCUGUUGCAAGGACAUAAGCCAAAGCUUUGGCAUAAAGAAGAAAAUGAGAAUACAAUUAUCUGUAACUUCCAGAAAAUGGGUUUUCGUGAAGAUAUUGAGGGCAAAUCUGCCUAUGAAGUCUAUAAGAACAGCAGAAUCUGUGCUGAAAAUGAGAAGCAGAAAGGAAAGACAAAGCAAUCCAAAAAGACUAGAUCUAUUGGUGAUGAAACUAGCCCUGUAAAAAUGCUGCAAAAUACUGCCAAGAAGUUUGGAUUGUCUAACCUAAGCUCGAGACUGGAUGGGGUCAGAUAUGAAAAUGGAAGAAUUAAUGUUUUCCAUAAGAAAAGUGAAAACAAACUGCGAUUCAACCAAAAGAAAUGCUCUUCCCAUUAUGAUGUCAUGAUGAAGUCAGAAGAUGGAAAAGAAUUCCAUUGCCAUAAAUGUGUACUUUGUGCAAGAUUAGAAUAUUUUAAUAGCAUGCUAAGCAGUUCCUGGAUUGAGGCAUCUUGCUGCAGUCAGCUGGAAAUGCCGAUCCAUUCAGAUGUCUUACAAGUUAUACUUGAUUACAUUUAUACAGAUGAGGUCCUUACUGUAAAAGAGUCUGCAAAUGUAGAAUUUGUUUGUAAUGUCCUUGUGAUAGCAGAUCAACUUCUUAUUGUACGAUUAAAAGAAAUAUGUGAAGUUACAAUUGCUGAAAGAAUUACUCUGAAGAAUGCAGCUGAACUCCUGGAAUUUGCAGCUUUGUACAAUGCUGACCAGCUGAAGCUUUCCUGCUUGCAGUUUGUAGGGCUAAACAUGGGAGCUUUACUGGAAGCAAGGUCUUUGGAUGUUUUGAGUGAUGAUGUUUUGAAAGAUCUCUCAGAAGCUUAUAGAAAAAUGAUUCCAUCCAUGAACAAGAGAAUAAUCACACCAUAUCUAGAUGGACCAGAUAUUAGUAUUUUGCAGUCUGUAGAUAUUGAAAGCCUUAUCUCUGUUCAGGAUGAUAUUUAUUCUUACCAAAUCACUCAGGAAGCUACACUUAAGAAAUCUAAGGCAAAACCCAAAAAGAAACAAAGAAAACGAUUGGAUAGCUCUGGAGGAUAUAAUCUUUCUGACAUAAUUCAAAGUCCAACUUCAACAGGCUUUGUGAAGCCAGAAAAAACAAAUUCGGUAGAGUCUCUUCAAGAUUUGCUGACCUCUGAUUCUGAAGGAAGUUUUGUUGGAGCAAGCAGCCCUAGAGAUUUGCAGUCCCCAGACCUCUUCCCUGUCUUCACUCAUGAGACAAAAGAGACAAUUUGUGUUGAAAGAAACCGCUCCUCACCGCCUGUAGCAAAUGGAGCAGCAAGCACGAAGAUGCCAAUACCUACAACUUCAUCUCCAAAAGCUAUCCCAAUGUCUAGAAUUACUCCAUCAACCUCGCCAAACUGGGUUGCCAUGCCCUGCAGUCCUGCCAGUCCUGUAACAAUGGAUCUAAGGGCCAUCAUGGAGCUGGAAGAAAACAUACAAAAGUGUGGCGCAAUGCCAAAGCUUAAUGCUGGGGGAACUAAACCUGUGACACAUGUAAUGAAACUGUCUCAGAAGCAGAGGAAAAUGAUGGCAAUGUCCUCCAAGGAAAGCAAUAAUGAAAACAAGCCAGCUAAAGUAACUGUGGCACCCACAACUAUCAAAAGCCCCGCCAAAACAUGGGCGGCUGCUUUUCAUUUGGGAGAAAACAAGUCUUUCCGUGACCUCUUACUUGAAGAGAAACAAUCUGUCACCUCAUUUCCUUCUUUGAGUAGUGAUGUCAAAAAGAGCAAACAUACAGAGGAAUUAGAUCCUUCAGAGCUGGCAAGAAUUGCAUAUGUAAACAAAUCCAGAACAGACUGGCCCACUGACAGCCCGAAUACAAUAAGGCCCUCUGGAACCUUAAACCAAGAAGCAAAACUGAAAUGUGAUGUGCCAAAUCAGGACAACUCAAAUCCUUGGCAUUUGACAUUGAGCAAAAAUAACGCCUCGUCUGCCCCUGUGACUUUUACUGCCAUUGUAGAGGAAGAGGAAAAACAAGAAGCUGCUCUCAUCAGAAGUCGUGAAAAGCCACUGGCAUUAAUUCAGAUAGAAGAACGAGCUAUACAAGAUUUGUUACUUCACUACCAGGCAAUAGACAACCCUGAAGAAUACAUUACUAUUGAGAGGGCUGCACAGAUACCUAUGGCAACACCAAUGUGGAACAAACAUUAAUCAGAAUCAUUGUGAACAGUGUUCUUCGUGCAACGAGCAAGAGUUUUUGGAUAUAUCUAAAAUAGUAAAUCAUUUGUUUUAUUUUGUUUAAUCAUUUCCUAAUAUAAUAGGUUUACAAUAACAAUGUUAAGUUCUGAGAGGCAAAAAAACUUUAUAUAUAUAUAUAUAUAUGCCAUAAAAAUUUAAUGGAACUCAAAUUUAAUGGAACAGAUUCAGUUUUUUUUGUUUGUUUUUUUCUUUUAGUGUGUGUUGUUUUGGUACAAUUGGCUCAAUAUGAUUUAAAAUCUGCCAAAUUUAUACAUAUUUGAUAUUUAAUAUGUGAUUACCCGUGUAUAAAAAAAAUAACAUAUUCUUCAAAUAAAAGUGUGACUUUA